GCUCGACGCCGCAGAGUGCUCGGACUGCCGCAGAAGAUGAUGUUCGCGCGCGCCGCGGCGCGACGGCUGCCGCCGACGGCGCGGCGCUUCUCGGAGGCCCCGCAGAAGCUCGACCGCGCGGCGCGGCGCGCGGCGCGGCUCGAGGCCGGCGGCCAGGCCACGGGCGAGGAGACGGGCACGACGGCCGCGCUCUGGGCGUCCGUCGCCGCGUCGACGGCCGUGAUCUCCGGCGGCAUCUACAGCCUCAUGGCCGACCCCGAGGAGAGCGCCCUCGCCAAGGCCGCGCAGUCGAGCGCGCUCGGCGGGUGGGUCGUCGCGAACGUGUCCGAGGCGUCGAAGCCGUUCGUGCAGCCGAGCCGCGAGAAGCUGCUGCCGGACUGGCCGCCGGACUACCUCAACAUCUCGCCCGACGUGCCCUGCCCCCACACGCUCGUCCUGGACCUCGACGACACGCUCGUGCGCGCGACGUGGGACCGCCGCUACGGCUGGCGCCACGCGAAGCGGCCGGGCGCGGAGCAGUUCCUCCGCGAGAUGGCCAAGUACUACGAGAUCGUCAUCUUCACGACGAACAUCGCCGGCGUCGCGGACCCCGUGGUGCACGCGCUCGACAAGGACGGCUGCGCGAUGCACCGGCUCUACCGCGACGCGACGAUGUUCGUCCGGGGCACGCACUGCAAGGACCUGUCGAAGCUGAACCGCGACGUGCGCAAGAUCGUCGUCGUGGACAAGGACCGCGCGGCCGUCCAGCUCCAGCCGGGCAACGCCAUCAUCGUCAAGCCCUACACGGACGCGACGGACCGCCUCGACACGGAGCUCGAGGAUCUCACGCCGUUCCUGGCCGCGCUCGUCAACGAGAACGUGCGCGACGUGCCCGCGGCGCUGGCCAAGUUCUCCUCCAACGACGCGACGGUCGUCGCGGCGGAGUACGGCGACAUGCUCAAGGAGGCGAAGAACAAGACGGACGCGGUCCGCAAGAUCGGCCUCGGCGGCUUCGUCCGCGGCCGCGCGCGGCAACCGGAGCCGGACCUCGCCCUCGAGCCCGCGGGCACCAUGCUCUCCGCCGCGGGGCUCUCGGCCAAGGACAUCGCGGGCGACGCGCCCGAGGCGACGCCGAAGAAGGGCGGCAUCUUCGGCUGGUGGGACCGCAAGAACAAGGAGGCGGAGGAGGACCAGAAGAAGAAGAUGGAGGCCUGGCAGAAGGUCCUCCAGAAGAAGGAGGCCCAGAAACGACUGGCCGCCGAGGCGCGCGCCGCCGCCUGA